GGUGAGCGCCGCUUCCGGGGUCGGGAGCCCGCAGCGCGGCCGGCUCCGGCUUCCACUCGGUGGGGUGCGCUGGAGAUUAUGGCGUCCUCGGUCCCGCCGGCCUCUGUACCGGCGGCGACAGCGGCCCCCGGCACGGGUUUCGGCUUCGCUUCCAAAACCAAGAAGAAGCAUUUCGUGCAGCAGAAGGUGAAGGUGUUCCGGGCGGCAGACCCGCUGGUGGGCGUGUUCCUCUGGGGCGUAGCCCACUCGAUCAAUGAGCUCAGCCAGGUGCCUCCCCCGGUGAUGCUGCUGCCUGACGACUUUAAAGCCAGCUCCAAAAUCAAGGUCAACAAUCACCUUUUCCACAGGGAAAAUCUGCCCAGUCAUUUCAAGUUCAAGGAAUAUUGUCCCCAGGUCUUCAGGAACCUCCGUGAUCGAUUUGGCAUUGAUGACCAGGACUACUUGGUGUCCCUAACCCGAAGCCCCCCGAGUGAAACUGAAGGCAGUGACGGUCGCUUCCUUAUCUCCUAUGAUCGGACUCUGGUCAUCAAAGAAGUAUCCAGUGAGGACAUUGCUGACAUGCACAGCAACCUCUCCAACUACCACCAGUACAUUGUGAAGUGCCAUGGCAGCACGCUGCUGCCCCAGUUCCUGGGCAUGUACCGGGUUAGCGUGGACAACGAGGACAGCUACAUGCUUGUGAUGCGCAACAUGUUUAGCCAUCGUCUUCCUGUGCACAGGAAGUAUGACCUCAAGGGCUCGCUAGUGUCCCGGGAAGCCAGCGAUAAGGAGAAGGUGAAAGAAUUGCCCACCCUUAAGGAUAUGGACUUUCUCAACAAGAACCAGAAAGUCUAUAUUGGUGAAGAGGAGAAGAAGGUCUUUCUAGAGAAGCUAAAGAGAGAUGUGGAGUUCCUAGUGCAGCUGAAGAUCAUGGACUACAGCCUUCUGCUGGGCAUCCAUGACAUCAUUCGGGGCUCUGAACCGGAGGAGGAGGGACCUGUGCGGGAGGAGGAGUCAGAGGGGGAUGGGGACUGCGGCCUGACUGGGCCUCCUGCUCUGGUGGGCUCCUACGGCACUUCCCCUGAGGGUAUCGGCGGCUACAUCCAUUCCCACCGGCCCCUGGGCCCUGGAGAGUUUGAAUCCUUCAUUGAUGUCUACGCCAUCCGGAGCGCGGAGGGGGCCCCCCAGAAGGAGGUUUAUUUCAUGGGCCUCAUUGACAUCCUGACACAGUAUGAUGCCAAGAAGAAAGCAGCUCAUGCCGCCAAAACUGUCAAGCAUGGGGCGGGGGCAGAGAUCUCGACUGUCCAUCCUGAGCAGUAUGCUAAGCGAUUCCUGGAUUUUAUUACCAACAUCUUUGCCUAAGAGACGGCCUGAUUCCAUGGUGACUGCUGCUUUAUGUUCCAGGUGGUGGGGUUCUGAGAGGCUUGGGGCAAUUGUGGAUAUCCUGGCCACUUCUCUUCCUCCUUUGCUGACUUUAGGCUACAAGCGCCUUCCAUCCAAAUAACUCCAUCUUGUGGAGUAGGCUCUUCUUGGCCCUCGGAAUUACAUUGACCUCUCUCCCCUUCCCUCCUCCUCUCCCUUCCCCUCAACAAGUCUGCUUGCUUCAUUAGAGUGUUACUGUUGACGCUCCCAAGUGCCUUGAUCUUUGUAAGAUGUCCUGUUGUUCCCAUAACCUAGGAGGAGCUGGGGGAAGGGGGUUGUUUGCCAUCUUCAGGACCUGACUGGACAGAUGGACCUGGCUCAAGCAACUACUCUGGAUGCCCUCUGUCAUAUGAGAUGCACUAAGAGUGUCUGAAUUUUGCUGAUAACUUUAUAGAGCUCAUUGUGGCAUGCUUCCUUCCCAGUAGGCCCUGGGAUGGAAGAUGUUCCAAGAUACUACAGAUGUGGGUGCAGACAUGCGUACACAUGAUGGGAUGUGGCUGAUCUUAAAAGAUGGGGUGGAGAGUGCUCAGCAGCCUGGCACCUCAUGGAGGUGGGACCUCUGAGGACUCUUGUGAUUAUGCAGGGAACUGGAGAAGGUCUCUGUCAAGAAGGAGCCCAGAGAUGGCCUGGCUACCAAAGUGUUGAAUCCAGGGUGGAACGUUUGACUAUUGCUGCUCUUCACCAGGACCUCAUAUCCCUCCUGGGGCUGGAACCCUUCAGUGUGGGUGUGGCCAGUUCUGGAGGCUAGGAGGAUGGGCCAGGGCUGUAAGGCUCAUUCCUCAUGUUAAAUUUCCUUUCUUCAUGUCUGGCCAUCCCUGAGGUUUUAGUCCUAACAGAAGGGAAGGAAUAUCUCUAUCUGGGUCAGCCCUUGUCAUUUCAAGAAGAUGGAGGUCUCACGUGUAGGGACCUCCUCUACUCCCUGGAAAUGUGGCCCUAGUAUACUUCCUUCCCCCACCCCUUCUGAAACCCUUUUUUCCAGUUGGAUUUGUUAUUCUGUUCUUUUUUGUCCCAUCUUAUACUGCUACUGUGUCUCCCAGGGGACAGAUGGCCUUCUUUGUCAUCUUCACUCUCCACCCCCAGAGAGGAGUCAGAGCCAUAACUCAAUCACCCAGCCCCCUCCAAAGAGAGUUGAGUUGCUGCGUGAUAUUCUCAGAAUGCGGAGGACCCUGAUGAGCUGAGAUGGUGUCCUCCUCUCCCUCCAAUGCCUCUGGGGCUAAAGCAGACAUUCUUUUGAUUCUACACCCCCCCCCCCCCCCCGGCUUCUGCAUUUCUCUAAAACAAAGAUGGGCACCAGCAACUAACCUGUGGGGGUGCAAAGGCUCUUGGCUCUGUAUCUGGCUGGACUGAUCUGUCUCACAAGAAGUCAUGAGGUCAUAAAGGAGAAUUGCUCCCUCUCCUCCAUCUUCUGCUCCAAAGGAAGGAACAAGAGGAGUCCCCAGUUAAGGAUUGGAGCCCCUAUGCUAUCUUCCUGAUGGAGCCUGAUGGAUCUUUUUCAUUCCAGCCGUCUUCCUUUCCCCUGUUGAAUGCAAUAAAACUCCAUGACACCAGCAACUGCUGUUCUUUAGAAAUGGGUUUUCUGACCAUUUGGCUGAUACAUCAUAAGCAUUAUGGUUUUCUUCAUUGUUGCUUCCGUUUUUCACCUUUUUGUUUUAUUAAUUAAUUAAAAAUAUCUUGUAUAUUUACUCAUUGCUGUCACUAUAUAGAAAAUAAAUUAUUGAAUCCAAA